CCCUGAUGGGAGGAGCUAAGGUUACACCUGUCCAUCAGGAGUAACUAACAUUCACACCCUGAUGGGAGGAGCUAAGGUUACACCUGUCCAUCAGGAGUAACUAGAGAAAGCAGAACCAGCAUUUCUCCCUUUAUAUCCUCGAAUGUGUAUUAAAGAACAUACCAUAAUUAAAGACCCAGUACUCCAUGCAGCAUAUGAAGUGAUGCUUUGUGAGGAGACAGUCCACACGUCAAAUGAAUAUUUUCUGCAUAAUUAACGUUCCACUGGACUAGGACUAAACAAAGGGCGGCUUCCUGUGUACAGGUGGAACAAGUGUUCGUCCUCUUCUUCCCAACCCAGAAGUGUUUAAGUACUCACUCAAAGUGCAACGGCUGCACAGCCUGCCCUUGUUUUUCCAACUGCUGGCUACACACACACACACACACACACACACACACACACACACACACACUUCCCCUCCACUUGAAGCUCUCUGCUAUUAAUACCUCAUAAAAGCAUGUUAUCAAGCUGCAUACUUUCCAUGAGCACCACCUCUUGCUUUCCAUCCCUUCAUGCCUCGUUCUUUAUACCAGUCAUGUCUCCUUCAACUCUUUUUCUAUUUCCUCUCCCCCCCCCCCCCUCUCAUCUUCCUCCAUAUGAAGUGCAGUCAGCUGAUGAGUCUUUGGUAUGUGUGUUAAAUCAAGAGUUCAGAGUCACAUUUUCCCUUCAACAAAGGAUGCAACAACAAGCAGAUUAAUGUGUCUUUGUUUGCUCUGCAGUGAUGUCAUUAUUUUCCAGUAUCUCUACACACACACACACACACACACACACUGCCCUCCUUUCUGUGUGAUUAGUCAGCAUUGGCUAGUAUCUGUCAGUAGAGGGAUAGAAAGGGGCGGCCCCUCUUCCUCCACAGACGAUUGGCUCGCAGUGAACAGACAAAUGAAUGAGGAGAGGGAGGGGAUUGUGGGUAAUGCGUCAUCAGCUGGUAGGAGCUCAUUUAAACAGCAGUGGAGCAGUAGGAAUGAGAGAGGAGAGGGAGACAUGUUCUGCUCCACACCAAAGCUCUGGAAGAUUCCUCCAGUGAGCCAGCUGCUGCAGAGCUGAGGAGGUCUGAGGGUAACAGGAGCCGGAGAAGAAGAUCAGAUCGCCUUGGUUGUGGGUUAGGAGGCCAUGCGUUGUACCUCAAACCGCUGACUGGUUCAGUGUGAAGACAGGAGACUGAGGAAGAAGAUCCAGGUGUAAGAGGCCAGUGCUGGAGGAAACAGAGCAGCUUCCUGUGAAGGAGCAUCUAUCACUUCCUCCUUAUCCGUCAACCUGGGGAAGGCUACGCUCCAUCGAUCUCCCCCUUCCUCUUCAUCCUCAUCCUCGCCCCAGUUGAAGACCGUCUCGGCGCACUGUUGCGCCCUGACCUCCGCUAUCGGGUGGAAAAGGUUCCGGCUCCCCGGAUCGCCCGUCAUGCACAUCAAGACCACCAAGUGUAACCGCUUCUGCCUGGUCGCCUCGGUGACCAACCAGGAAGUGUUCGACCGUCCCGAGGCACAGGCCAGCUUUGAGGCCUUGUUCCGUUCAUUCGACCCGGAGGUGCAGUUCCAGUACUUCAAGUCCUUCCGGCGGGUGAGGAUCAGCUUCAGUGACGCUCUGGCUGCAGCCGAGGCCAGGCUCCGCCUCCACAAGACCGACUUCAGCGGAAAAGAGAUGCGACUCUAUUUCGCCCAGUCCGUCCACAUAGGGAGUCCUCGUCUGGAGCCCCCCAAGCCUGACAAACAGUUCCUGAUCUCGCCUCCUGCCUCCCCUCCAGUGGGCUGGGCCCAGUCUCAGGACGCCAUGCCGGUGGUCAACUACGACCUGCUGUGUGCCAUCUCAAAGCUCGGACCAGGAGACAAGUACGAGCUCCAGACCGCCACCCCCACCACCCCCAGCGUGGUCGUCCACGUCUGCGACGACGAGCGCGGCGUCAACUCCGCCCCCGACGACAGCGACCAAGACGACCAGCCCCGUCCCCUGCGCCAGAAGAUCGUCCAGACGCGUCGCCCCGACUUCACGCCCGGAGCGGAGCAGUGAGAAGCGCGAUUGGUCGAGAGCUCGACGCGCUCUGAGCUUUGAAGGUUUUGGGGACUUUGGAGACGCCCGAGGGUGCUGCCACGUCCCGGAGACGGAGAGGGACCAUCUGUGUCCAAUGCUGCAUUAAAGUCCUGUGGGGAAGACGGGAGAUGAAUGUGAGACGGAACUGAAGGAAAUAAUAGUUUUGAAACGUAGGAAAUAAUGUCUUCUGGUGUUUUGAUCGUAGUGCUCGGCUACGAGGGCGAAACACCUUGAAACCGUGACCAGGUGUUUGUGAAGCCGGUCGGCUGCAUUCAUCAAAGGGAUGUGGACGUCCGUUCUUCCCACAGGACAUGAACGCAGCAUCAUUGUGACUAGUCGUGUUUAUCCUCGUGAGACUAAACGGACAGACGGAGGAUCUUUCACUAGAGCUCUGUAUGUAGAUAUCAUAACGUGUGCGUCAGUCAGCUGACGCUGUGAUGUCACUUCCUCUGCAGCCGUGGACGUGCCGCAGAGUGAUGACAUCACAACGAGUCGUCCUGGACUAACUUCUGACUGGGAUCCUUCAGUCUGUGCUAGUAGUUUAGCUAUUACAUUUAAUACAGCUUCAUUACGAGGCCUUUUCUUUUUCAAUGCGCACACACACACACAAACACACACACACACACAAACACACCUUGAUAUCUCGUCUGUAAAAACCAAACAGGGCUAACCUUUAAAGUAUCGUGAGAGGCUUCUUCAGGAUCUUCUGGUGCUGCUGUGUUCCCUGUGUGUGUGUGUGUCAUUUUGGUAAUCAAUGUAUUGAUCAGCUCUUAGGUGUACUUCCUGUAUCGUGUCCUCUUGCUGGUUGGUUAUUAGUUCUUAGUUGUUUGGGUUGUGAAGCUUGCAGAAUGAAGCACUGAAGAGCUCCUCUCACUGCCGGUCACUGCCGGAUUUACCGUUCAAUAAAGUCCAAGUUCACACA